AUGUACAGGUCAAAGAGAUCUAUUGUCGAGCUGGCAGCCUCGUUUCUUGCUGGCGUAGGUGCAGUUUUUCUAGUCCAGGCAGUCCACGCCAAAUGCUGCACUGUACGCUGUCCUCUCUGUACUCUUUUUGGAUCCAGUACGCAGGAGCAAAAGCCGACUUCUGGCGGCUGUUCUGGAUCAAGCGAUCCUAGCCAACGAUGUGCAAACUGCACCUGUUGGAAGUCUCGGGUGGGCGACAAGUCAGCUGAGGCCAACUCUCAGCCGGGAAUUUCCGUCCAGAAAUCUGGUCGAGUUGCUCUGAAUCUUGCGGCGAUAAAUCCAGAGCAGGAGCUCCGUCAGGUUGGCGACGACUCUGCUUCGGGAGAUGACGCGACUUAUAUGAUCUCUCAACCUCCUCUUUAA